AUGUCUGUAAAUCCUAAUGACACACUCGGUGCUCUCCAAGUGGGGGGCACGAUCAUGGUGUUCUUGUUUGGAAUUGAUACUUUGCAGACCUAUUAUUACUUCAAAAGAUAUCCGAAUGAUCGCCUCUGGAUAAAGCUGCUGGUGAGUACUUCAAUAUUUACCAAGCUGGAAGAAAUCGGUCACACGAUCUCUGUUCUAACUGGAAUGUACCUCCUUACUGUGACACAAUUUGGACAGCCAGACGCGCUCGCCGUAACUACCAUGCCGGCUGGCUACGCGUGGUCAAUCAUAUUCAGUGGCUCAGUAGGAUCUAUCGUGGAGGCCUUCUUUGCGCACCGUAUGUACGUGCUAUCAAAAUCGUGGUACCUCCCGUCCAUCGCCUGGGGUCUUGCAUCAUUCCGAUGUGUGGGAAGCAUGGUCGUUGCGGCACAGGUAUUUGGAAACAUAUCUUUAGACGUUUUCUCGACAAGAUGGCGCUGGUUAAUCACCGCCUGCUUUGCUACGGGUGCGGGAGCCGACCUUAUCGUUGCAGGAGGCCUGUGUUAUUAUAUUUACCGUGAAAAACGUGUUGCGAUGGGGCAGACGACAAUGAGACUACUCGACCGCCUUUUGGCAUACACCAUUGAAACUGGCCUGGUUCUGAGCAUGAGCGCGGUUGUGAUUCUCAUCAUAUGGGGUACAACUCCACAUAGCUUCUGGUGGUUCGGCAUUUUCCUAUUUUACACAGAGGUUUUUGCAAACUGUUUGAUGGCAUCCCUGAACACUCGACGGGUCCAUGAAGAUGCUGGAACUGUCGUCAGUCUGCCGCGUAAUCCACAUAGCCGCAGUGCAGACCGUUCUAUGGGCCGCAUCCAGAAUCUCAUGAGAAAUUCUUCAAAAUCCGAGUAUGACAUGGACAUCGAACGUUAUGAACUAUCACACGAGAUUUCUUCUGACAGUUCUGCAUACACACGUGAUCAAUUUCAACGGCAGCUGAUAAAUCAACCAAGUAUCGCUAUUUCGGUUUCCCAAGACGUUUGCAUUAAACACGAUAGGUUACCGGAAAUGGACUGUCCGACCUGUCAGCCAUGACGCUUCUCGCUGGUAUUUAUCGUUACUUAUCAUAGGCACAUCCCGACCCAGUGCGAGGGGGGGUAUCUGUAAACUUGUAUUUUGGACUUUAUCUAGCGUUGUCAACACUGAGCGCUGCCUUGCUACUUUGUCGUCGUCUUAGUACGCCCCCAUUCCUGCUUUCUAUAUAAGCCCUAUAGCCCCUCGUACGCUUUAAUGUUUCAUUCUUCGCCAUCCUUUCUGCAGCCUCGCUCUAUUGCUUUUGUGGCUGCUACGCUCAAUGGUGGUCCCGUCAUAAUGUCUCUGUUCAAUUUGCCGCGCCGGUCCUCUCUGAGUCUCUCUAUAGUAUGCGCACGUCCGCAACAAUCACCAUAUUACAUUAUCUCCG